AUGUUGUUUGAACUAAACCAAAAUGAAUUACGUUCUUAUUAAGAAAAGUAUGAUAAAGUGAUGAAGGCAAAAGUCAAUUUAGAUUUUAAAAAAACUAAAAAAAUAAUAAUAGGUUAAUUUUCUAUUACAGAAGCUCAGGCUGAUUUAAUAUUAAAAAAAGUAUUCUCUCAGUAAAAAUCUGAUGAAUUGAAUAGAGAAGGAUUCUUUACAACUCUCAGGUAUAUAUAAUGUUUGCAAAAUCAAGUGGACAUUGAAACUUGUAAUAUUAAUACAAUAAAAUUGCAAUUUCCACUUAGAGUCAACAGCAAAUAGAACUUGAAAAAGUCAUUUUAACCUCCAAAUCCAGAAGAUCUUUUAGACAAGUCAAUGAUUGCUCUUAAAAAUUUAUAAAAUUUAGUAAAAGAACCACCACCUUUAGAAAGAUAGAAAAGUUCAACUCCUUCAGAGAUAAAAUGUAAUCCAAAUUAAUAAAUUUAAAAAGAAAAAGUAGAAAACACUGAAAAUAAGGAGAAAAUAUCAACAGAAAUUAUAAAUGAAAUUGAAUAAUGUAAUGAGAUUAUAAAUUAAGUCUAAACAUAAAAUAAUAUUAAUGAAUAAUCUGAAUAAGAUUAAAAAAUAAUUGAAAAUAAUAUUGAAGAUAAUACUUAAUUCAAAGAAGAUAAAUAACCUAUAAUAAAUGAGAUUGAUGACAUAUAUAUAAAUGAAAAUAAAACUGUUUAAUAAAGUAAUAUUACCUUUACAUUUGGGAAUAAUAAUUCUAAUACUUAAUAUUUAGAUAAUAAUUAAGUUAUUAUAACAGAAUCUAAUGUAAUACCUCCUAAAAUCUAGGAAAAAAAACCUGAUUUUAUUGAAAUUAGUGAAGAUGAAGAUGACCUUUUGAAGAGAGAUGAGUCUAAAGAUAUAUUUGUUUGGAUUUCAGGUUAUUAAUCAUUUAAAGAUGGACCAUUUUCAUAAACUUAUUACACAUACACAGUAUGUUCAGAAAUCCGUACUGACCCUCAUUAAGGAACAUAUACUAAAUAUUAAGUUCAUAGAAGAUAUACUGAUUUUACUAUGCUUCAAUAAUAUUUUACAAAGUCCAAAUUAGGAGAUAUAAUUCCUAGUUUACCAGAGAGAGAAGGUGUUAUUGCUAGUAUAAAGAAUCUGGUAGUUGAAAAUGCAGAGUUUAUAUCCUAAAGGUAAGAAUAAUUGUAGUUAUUUUUAUAAUAUUUAACUAAGUAUAGGGAAGAUUAGAUAUUGCUGUCUUUUUUAAGUAAUGAUAAGAAAUUUGAUUUAAUUUUAAAAGAACUUAGAUAUUGCAAAGGAGAUAAUUAAGAUGAGGAUACCUUUUUACCAGAUCCUGAUGAAUUUACUAGAAAAUAAAAAUUAAAGGAAAUGAUUGUAGGUAAAUCUAUAAUGGAUAUUGUUGAUUAUUUUAAAGGGGAAAAAGAAAUAGAAGCUAAAUUUUAAGAAGAAUAUAGAUAGGUUUAAUAGCAUUAUAAGAACCUUGAAAAUAAGAAGCUUGAAUUAAACAAAUUUAAAUAGUGUUUAAACUAAUUUUAUGAACCAAUUGAUAAAUUCAGUUAAAUUUCUACAUUAUAAUUAUCAUCAAUCGUUACUGAAGAGAAUAUUAAGUAUGUUUUAGAGACUUAGAAAUUAUUUUAAUCAAAUUGUAAAUAUUUAUAAUAGAUAUUUAGAUUCUAAACAUUAAAAUUCUAUAAUGAAUUAAGUUACAUAAAUUGAAUUUUAAUUAAAUAGUUUGACAUAUAGUUUUGAAUAAAUAUAGAAGUAAAUCUACAAAUGGUUUGCUGAAAAGAAAAGAUUAAGAGAAGAAAAGAUUUCUAAUAAGUAUUAUAUUUAAUUUGAUAUUUAUUAGAGUAGAAAUAUAAAAGAAUGAUACUGAAGAAGGAAGAUUGUAAUUUGUUAUAUCCAAAACUAAUGAAACUUUAAUUAAAUUGGUUAGUUAAAUUACUGAGGAUUUGAAAGGUUUAUUAAAAGAUUUUGUAGAAGAAUUAACCCAGAAUUGA